AUGGCUGUUGAUGGUACUGAAUUUACCCUCGUGAACAACUGCAACCACAGCAUAUGGCCGGCGAUCCUCGCAAAUCCGGGCAACUCCAGACCUGAACAGACAGGCUUUGAGCUCCCAAGUGACACCUCUCGCCUACUCUAUGUUCCGAAUCGCUGGGUUGGCCAGAUUUGGGCCAGAAACAGGUGCUAUUUUAACAAAUCCGGGUUCGGUUCAUGCACCACCGGAAACUGCGCUUCCGGCAAGAUCGAGUGCGAUGGAGCCGUAGGCUUGUCUCCGAUGACGCUCGUGGAGUUCAAUCUGGGGUCGGGCGCCCAUGAUUCGUACAACGUCAACCUCAUAUACGGGUUUAACCUGCCCGUAAUAGUGGUACCCUUGAGUGGGACCGGCACUUGUGAGUCCGCCGGCUGUAUGACGGACUUGAACCUCCUGUGCCCGUUGAGCUGA